AUGGAGGGGGAAGGGGAGAUGGAGGGCCACAGCGGCGUGAACCAGCUGGGCGGCGUGUUUGUGUCCGGCCGCCCACUCCCGGACACCACGAGGCAGAAGAUCAUCGAACUCGCCCACUCCGGCGCCCGCCCUUGCGACAUCUCCAGAAUCUUGCAGGUGUCCAACGGCUGCGUCUCCAAGAUUCUCGGCAGGUACUACGAGACUGGCUCCAUCCGGCCGCGUGCCAUCGGGGGCUCGAAACCCCGCGUGGCUACAGCCGAGGUGGUGGCCAAGAUCUCCCAGUUCAAGAGAGAAUGUCCCUCCAUCUUCGCCUGGGAGAUCCGCGACCGGCUGCUCUCCGAGGGCGUCUGCUCGUCCGACAACAUCCCGAGCGUCUCCUCCAUCAACCGCGUCCUUCGCAACAUCAACACCACGAAGGAAUCAGGAGGCGGAGGGGGGGCAGGAGGGGGAGUAGGAGGUGGGGGAGCAGGGACAGGAGCCAACACGGGCGGCGGCGGAGGCGGCGGAGGCGGCGGUGGCGGAGGGCCUGUGGGCGGCCAGACGAUGGGCGUCGGAAUCGGAGGAGGGAAUUCGACCAACAGCAGCAACUCCAGCACCCCUACGCCCACGCCCACGCAAGACCCGAUGUACGAUAAGUUACGCCUUCUGAAUGGACAGUCGACUUGGCCUCGGUCGCAGUGGUACAGCGGGCCGACUGGUGACGUUACAUCUCUGGCCGUCGACUCCCCCCAGUCGACGCCUUGUGGCCAGCCCGACAUGGCCAAGAAGGGCGACGGCGGGGAACUGAGCGAGGACAGCAACGCAGGAAGUAGUGAGAACAGCAACAGCGAAGACCAAGCAAGACUGCAUCUCAAGAGGAAGCUGCAGAGAAAUAGAACUUCAUUCACUAACGACCAGAUCGACAGUUUGGAAAAAGAGUUCGAGCGCACUCACUACCCGGAUGUGUUUGCACGAGAGAGACUGGCGGCCAAGAUUGGUCUUCCAGAAGCUAGGAUACAGGUUUGGUUCAGCAAUCGACGAGCAAAAUGGCGGAGAGAAGAGAAGCUGCGGAACCAGAGACGAGCAGCCGAGGGAGUCGCGCCGUCCUCGCCCACCAGGAUCGUCAACAACACCUUCACGCCCACGCCCAUGUACACGCCCCUGCCUCCGCCGCCCAUGUCCGUGGCUGACACGUAUGGCUCCAUGACGGGUCCCGGGGGCGGCUUCGGGAUGGCUUCAAGCGUGGGCGUCGCAGCCACAAGCCCCAACUGCCUCGGCUCGCAGCAACCACCCACGGGCGUGCACGCGGGGGCGGGCGCGGGACUCACAAGAGAACAGGCCCACGCCCACAACCCUUACAUGAGCCGCCCAUACGACCCUCUCUAUUCGCACGCCCGCGCUUCGCCCACCUGCCCGCCCAUGCUCUACCACCACGCCUCCCACCACCACCAUCAAUCCCACGCCCACGAGUACAAUACGCCCACACCACCCAACUCCCAAGCUGGUCUCCUUUCGCCCGGCGUGUCCGUUCCCCUCGCCGUGCCAGGCCAGAACCACGACAUGAGUGCGCAAUACUGGACGCGGCUUCAGUAA